AUGGCCGAUCCACUUUCCAUCGCAUCAGGGACCGCCGGGCUGCUUUCGUUGGGUAUCCAAGUCACCCAGGGCUUGGUCAAGUUUUACGCUACAUACAAGGACAGAGACACCGAUCUGGAGAAAAUUACACGGAAUCUCGACAGUCUCCUGAGCAUUUUUCGACUUCUCGAUAUUGCGGUAAACGAACGUCGAUCGCAGGCCGAUACACAAGACCUCCUCCGCGAAGUAGAGAAGGCGGUCCGGGAUUGUGAGGAGACCAUCACCGAGCUGCAGAGCGAGUGUGAGAAGUUCCACAAAGACUCGACCGCCAGUUUAAAGGAUCGCGUCAGGGUUGCUGGGCGUCGUGCCGCCUACCCCUUUCGGAAAAGCACUCUACAGAAGCUGGAAGAAGACGUCAGCGACAUCCGUGAAAACCUGGCGUUUGCACUCGACGUCCUACAGCUUAAGAGCCACAGUCAGAUCGAGGAUGGCAUAUCGGAAAUCAAAGCACUGAUCGAGCGAACAAAUGCGUGUCAAGUCUCUUUUACGAUUCGUUGCUGGCUUGGGGCGCCGGAUGCAUCUGUCAACCACAAUGCCAUCUGCGCGAAGUGCCAUUCAAGCACAGGCCUGUGGUUCGUCAACGGCCAUCACUUUCAGACAUGGCUAAAGGACCGUCAUUCCUUCCUCUGGCUGAAUGGUUUCGCAGGAUGUGGCAAGUCAGUCCUUUGCUCGACCGCAAUCCAGCAUACGUUUCGCGCGAUGAGACAGAAACAUGAAGUCGGCAUCGCGUUUUUCUACUUUUCCUUCACCGACGAGGCAAAGCAAGAUGUUAAUGGCAUGUUACGCGCGUUGCUGUUGCAGCUAUCCGGACAGCUACCGGACGGUGAAAGAUAUCCAGAGCAACUGCAUGCGUUGCAUAAAUUUGGGUCUCCACCCGUGCAUGCGCUGCUUGACUGUCUGCGGUCCGUCCUUGAACGGUUCCGCGAUACUUAUAUUCUAUUCGACGCGCUAGAUGAGAGCCCGCGUGACUGCAAAAGGGAAGACGUCUUAAAAGCAAUCCAAGUGAUGCGCCACUGGUCGAUACCCGGUCUCCAUCUUUUAGUGACGAGUCGCAAUAUCGUAGAUAUACGCGUAUCGUUACGUCCGUCUAGUGACGAAGAUCUUCCGCUGAGGAAUUCGGAAAUUGACAGAGACAUAUCAAACUUUGUCACUUAUCAGCUCGAGAAUGAUCCGAAGCUCCAGAAGUGGAAAGAACGCCACCACGAGAUUAAGGCAAAAUUGACCGCCAGUGCGCAAGGAGUGUUCAGAUAUAUCGAAUGCCAGUUUAAUGCCCUUCGCCGGGCAAAAAACCGGAACCAGCUUGAUGAAUGCCUGUGCACAUUGCCCCGUGAUCUUGAUGAAACAUACGAGCGAAUCUUGUGCAGUAUCGAUAGUGACUACGUUGAGGAUGUGCGAAGGGUUUUGACUGUGCUUUGCUACUCUUGUCGACCGGUCACUGUGAAGGAACUGAUCGACGCACACGCUGUUGAUUUAGGCGAGCAACCGCAUCUCGAUCGUGACGGCCGUUCGUACGAACAAGACGAUCUUGUGGAUAUCUGCCUUGGUCUUAUCGAGAUCGCAUUUGUGGAAGAUGACAAUGGGCAGCCUACCUUGAUUGUUCGCAUAGCAUAUUUCUCUGUUCAGGAGUAUCUCCAAUCGGACCGCAUCUUGCAACAAAACUCAAGAAUAUUCGCUAUGCAAAGGGCGACUGGAAAUACGGAAAUAGCCCUUAUAUGUGUCGUUUACCUUAUGGAGCCAGCUCUCUCGGAAGAGCCGUUAGAUGAGACGAAGCUCACGCUGUUCCCCUUUGCUCGCUUUGCAGCCACGCAUUGGUUUUCUCACUACGCAACCUCCGGGGAAGGGAAGAGAAAGGUUGAACCGUUCGUGCUGAGACUUUUCAAAGACGAGAUGAUGGCUUUUAUAACAUGGAUACGGCUACAUGAUAUGGAUCGUCCCCAGCUAAAUCGACCGGACUAUGAUCGGCCUAUGACGAAAAUUGCGUCGCCAAUAUACUACGCAGCCUUGCUGGGAUUAGAAUUCGUCUUGAACAGUAUAUUACGGGCUCACACUGACAAUUCAAAGGUAUCAGAAAUCGUGAACGCAAAAGGUGGAUCCCAUGGCAAUGCACUCCAGGCCGCUUCAGGCGAAGGGCAUGAGAAUGUAGUGCAGAUGCUGCUGGAUCGAGGUGCUGAUAUCAACGCUCGGGGUUCAUUCUAUGGAAAUGCACUCCAAACCGCCUCACUACAAGGUCAUAGCAAUGUGGUAUAUAUACUGUUAGAUCGAGGUGCCGAUGUUAACGCUCAAGGUGGAUCCUUUGGCAAUGCAGUCGUGGCCGCUUCACUACAAGGCCACGAGAAGAUAGUGCAGAUACUGUUGGAUCGAGGUGCCGAUAUCAGCGCUCGGGGUGGAUACUACGACAAUGUGCUUCAGGCCGCUUCAUAUGGAGGCCACGAGAAGAUAGUGCAGAUACUGCUCGAUCGAGGUGCCGAUAUCAACGCUCAGGGCGGAUUCUAUGGCAAUGCACUACAGGCCGCUUCAUAUGGAGGCCACGAGAAGAUAGUGCAGAUACUGCUCGAUCGAGGUGCCGAUAUCAACGCUCAGGGCGGAUUCUAUGGCAAUGCACUACAGGCCGCUUCAGAUGAGGGCCACGAGAAGGUGGUACACAUACUGUUGGACGGAGGUGCCGAUAUCAACGCUCAGGGUAGACUCUAUGACAACGCACUCCAGGCCGCUUCAAACAACGGCCGCAAGAAGGUGGUGAAGAUGCUGCUGGAUCGAGGUGCCGAUCAACGCCUACGGUAG